CUUGAACUAACUAAGAAACUACAAGAGCUAUGAACGGCCUUACCUCCUUUUUCACACCCUUCUCCUUAAUGUUUCUCUUUGUUCUAUGCAUAUCAUUUACGACAAAAACCGAAGCUGGACUCAGAAACGGUGAUGGGAUUUACAUUGUCUACAUGGGAUCAGCUUCCUCUGCUGCAAACGCUUAUAGAGCUCAAAUACUCAUAAACACCAUGUUUAAGAGGAGAGCUAAUGAUAUCGUCCACACAUAUAAACAUGGGUUCACUGGCUUUGCUGCUCGUUUGACAGCUGAAGAGGCCAAACUCAUUUCCAAGAAACCAGGAGUUGUGUCUGUUUUUCCUGAUCCAAACUACCAGCUUCACACAACUCAUUCAUGGGACUUUCUCAAGUACCAAACAUCAGUAAAGAUUGAUUCUGGUCCACCUUCAUCAGCAGCUUCAGAUGGAUCAUAUGAUAGCAUUAUUGGCAUUCUGGACACAGGAAUAUGGCCAGAAUCAGAGAGUUUUAAUGACAAAGACAUGGGUCCAAUUCCAUCUAGGUGGAAAGGUACAUGCAUGGAAGCAAAGGACUUCAACUCUUCUAACUGUAACAGAAAGAUAAUAGGAGCAAGAUUCUACAAAAGUCCUGAUGAUGAUUCAGAAUACUUCACCACAAGAGAUGUGAUCGGUCACGGUACUCACACAUCCUCCACUGCAGCUGGAUCAGCCGUGGAGAACGCAUCCUACUACGGUGUAGCCUCAGGAACCGCUAAGGGAGGUUCACCAAACGCUAGGAUAGCUAUGUACAAAGUAUGCAAUCCAGGUGGAUGCACUGGCUCCUCUAUCUUAGCUGCUUUCGACGAUGCAAUUGCGGAUGGAGUUGAUGUUCUAUCGCUCUCUCUUGGAGCUCCAUCUUAUGCUCGGAUAGAGUUGAACACUGAUCCUAUAGCCAUUGGAGCUUUUCAUGCAGUGGAGCAAGGGAUCCUUGUGGUGUGCUCUGCGGGUAAUGAUGGACCUAAUGGUGGUACUGUUGUCAAUACUGCACCUUGGAUAAUGACUGUUGCAGCUAAUACUAUUGACAGAGACUUAGAGUCUGAUGUUGUGCUUGGAGGCAGUAAAAUAAUCAAGGGAGAAGGCAUUCACUUUGGGAAUGUUAGUAAGUCUCCUAUAUAUCCUCUGAUUCAUGGCAAAUCUGCAAAAAGCACUGAUGCUUCUGAAAGUUCAGCCAGGACAUGUGACUAUGGUUCUCUAGAUCAAGAGAAGGUGAAAGGGAAGAUUGUGUUAUGCGAGAACGUUGAUGGAUCAUCUUAUGCAUCAAGCGCUAGGGAUGAAGUGAAGAGCAAAGGAGGCAUCGGUUGCAUCUUUGUAGAUGAUAAAACAAGAGCAGUUGCUAGUGCUUAUGGCACUUUUCCUACGACUGUAAUUGACUCAAAGGAAGCAGCUGAGAUCUUCUCCUAUCUCAACUCCACCAAAGAUCCUGUAGCAACGAUUCUUCCCACUUUAACAGUUGAGAAGUUCACACCUGCACCUUCUGUUGCUUAUUUCUCUUCCAGAGGUCCUUCAAGCAUCACAAGAAACAUUCUCAAGCCUGACAUAACAGCACCAGGAGUGGCCAUACUCGCUGCAUGGACAGGACAGGACACAAGUAUUUCACUGGAAGGCAAGCCGCCUUCUCAGUUUAACGUCAUAUCAGGAACCUCCAUGGCGGCUCCUCAUGUUACAGCUGUUGCAUCUCUGAUCAAAUCACUGCAUCCCACAUGGGGUCCAUCUGCCAUCAGAUCAGCAAUUAUGACAACAGCGACUCAAACGAACAAUGACAAAGGUCUUAUAACAACAGAAACUGGUGCAACAGCCACACCUUAUGACACUGGAGCAGGAGAGCUGAGCACAACAGCAUCAAUGCAACCAGGACUUGUUUACGAGACUACUGCUACUGACUACUUGAACUUCCUCUGUUACUAUGGUUACAACAUAAGCACAAUCAAGACAAUAUCAAAAGAGGUUCCAGCAAAUUUCACUUGUCCUGCAGAUUCCAAACUAGACUUGAUCUCAACCAUCAAUUAUCCAUCAAUUGGAAUCUCUGGAUACAAGGGGAAUGAGAACAAGACAGUGAGCAGGACAGUGACUAAUGUUGGUGGAGACGGUGUGGCUGUUUACACAGUCAGCGUGGAGACACCACCAGGGUUUAAUAUUCAAGUGACGCCAGAGAAACUCCAGUUUACAAAAGAUGGUGAGAAGUUGACAUACCAGGUGACAGUCUCUGCUGCUGGUGCUGGUGCUUCACUUAAGCAAGAUGUAUUUGGGGCUCUUACUUGGUCUACUGCAAAGUACAGGGUCAGAAGUCCAAUUGUAAUUAGUAGCGAGACUAGUACCACAAACUGAGUAAUGGUAUAAAGCUAAGUUCAGUAAUGAUGGAUGUGGAAAUAAUAAAACUUUAACUUAGAGCAAAAUAAAACUACAUCUUUUCCUCAACAAUGAAAUAAUGAACGC